ACGGCUUCCGAAGAGCUCUGAGCCGAAUCCGCUUUUUGGAGAGCGCCCUCGCGACGUCGACUGGUUCUGGCUGUCGCAGUCCUCGAAAUUCCUGGGGGAGUCUCUGAAAAUUGCCCCAGGGAGAGAGCCGCUCAUUCCCUAGAAUCGCGAGGCAUCUAGUCUGGACAUCAUCCGGACCUGGCGGCCCGAAUUUGUCAGACCGAAACAUCUUCAAAAAAACGUGCGUGAAAUUAGAAGGGGCAGCUCGAGAGCAUACUCGAAAAUUCGUGCAUUUCUCCGGAACGAUGGCUGGGAACCAAGAGGAUCUCCGGCGUUUGAUGCGGGAGAAAAUGAUGAGCUCUGGAUCAGAGCAGCAGAGUCCCUUCGCGAAAAUCUCGUCCAGCGGGAGAAUCACGUGCACAGUGUGCCCUGGAGUCUCCAUCAAAAAUUGGUCAACCCACCAGAUCAGCGCGCAGCAUAAACGCAAUGUCAGCGCUCAGAAAACAGCCAAGUCCAUGCCGCCGCCGGCACCGAAGAAGUACGAAGCGAUUGUGAAGAAAGUUCCUGAACCUCCGAAAGUGGCGCCGAAAUCGAUUCUGAAGAACCCUCUCAAAGCUUCCCCGUCACAAAGCGAUGGAGAAGUGGUCAAGCCCACCGAACAAGCCGAAACGCUAAAACGACCCGCUUCUCCCCCCGAGGAGCAGCCCGAUGCGAAAUCGGCGAAGCUGUCUGAAGACGGAUCAGUUCUACCGGAAGGAUUCUUCGAUGACCCCAAAUUGGACGCCAAAGCUCGAAACAUCGAGUACAAAGACCCUCAAGAGGUCGAAUGGGAAAUGUUCCAGAAAGAACUCCGAGAAGAGGGCUCCAAGAGUGAACAGGUCGUGGAGAUCGACGAAGAAAACGACAUGCGCGAACGUGAACUCCACGAAGCUGACGAAAUGAUCUCGAAAUGGGAAAAAAUCCGGGAACUUGAAAUUCGCAAAGAGCACAUGAAGAGAGUGGAGGUCAGCGACGGAGCCGCUCCGAUGGACGCUGACGAUGAAGCGGAAUUCGCUGAGUUCUUAGACUGGCGGCAGAAGGCCGUUGACUGAGUGCAGCUAUGUCUCUUCAGCUCUCUCCUGUGUAUAUCUGUACAUAUCAUGUAAUUUAACACGAUGAAAGUUGA